UCUUCAGCUUCUUCGGGGUAUGGUUCCGAGUAAUGUGGCCUGAUCUUCUCAUCAUGGUUGUUUUAGGCGGCGCUGCUAUUAGAAUUAAUGCAGCCCCCCUCCUCGGCACACGCACGUUCCCCGUCACCUUUGACCGGUCAGGUGAUAUCGUCUUUCCGAGCCUGGCGUACCCGAACCGCGGCUGGAUCGUCAGUCCGUUGCUCACGGGCAUCCUCUGCUCCGUGAUCCCCAUGUCGGUCAUCCUGCUCUCCCAAUUCCGCGUCCGCAGCUUCUGGGACGCCAAUAACGGCAUCAUGGGGCUCGGCCUUGCUCUUCUCAUGGGAAUCGUCUCGAAGUUGUUAAUCAAGCAUCUCGUCGGCGGCUUCCGUCCGUCCUUCCUCCAAGUUUGCAUGCCCGACACGUCUCUCGCCGCCGCCCGCAACGCCUCCGGGUUGAACGGCGUCGGAUUCCAGCAAGCGUUCUACACGGCGGACAUCUGCACCCAGCCGGACAAGGGCGCACUCAAGGUGGCCAUGACGUCCUUCCCGUCGGGCCACACGACCGUGGCCAGCGCCGGAUUCGGGUUCUUGUACCUGUAUCUCAACGGUAAACUCAAGGUGAUCUCUGCCUCGCGCCCGCGUUUGUGGACGGCUGUGCUGCUCGUCCUACCGCUGCUCGCUGCCUUUCUCAUGGGCGCCAUCCUCACCGUCGACCGGGCACACCACUGGUAUGACAUUCUUGCCGGUGCCGUCAUCGGUACCGUCACCGCGUUGAUCGCAUACCGGAGUUGUUACGCGGCUACCUGGGACUGGCGGUAUAACCAUAUUCCGCUUGCAAGGGGUGAGACCUUCUUGUACAAGCCGGGCAACGCAGCGCAAUCUCGGCAUGGGGUGCUCGCGAACCGUGAUUGGGGCAAGCCACGACCACGGGAGGAGGAACAGUUGGGCAUAGAAAUGGAAGAGAUGGUGUAACCGGAAUAUCCGAGGGGUUGCUUGCGGCGGAUGGCCUUCAAAUUGCGUACUUCCCUACUAUUCUUUACUGUACAGUUGGAGAUUUUGAACAGUUUGCCAUGCUGUCUUUGUUACGAGGUGCUAUCCAUUGUACUGAUCCGCUCAUCAAAAUACAGUAGUUCCAUAC